GCGCGGUGAAGCAGCAACUCCACGCAGUCUCAACAGCAGUUGUUUAUAUUUUUUGCAAUGUUGAGAAACAUUUGAUGGCAGUGACACAAAACAAAAGACCGGCAGUGUGCAAGAAUGAGAAGAUGUGCUGUCUUACACCGGUUAAGAUGCAAGUUCUAUGUGUUUGUCGUGUCACUGUUUGUCGUGGUGAAGCUGGUGUACUUAAAGAUUUCAAUGGACAACAGUAUCUACAUCGAGCCCUAUGGAGUUACACGUAGAUCUCUCAAACCUCAGCCACUGGAUGGCAUUAACUGCACAGCCAUUUAUGACCUGGAACCAGUGGAAAUUGGCAAGUCGCUGGAGAUGAGGCGCAAAAAAAUUGUGGAAGUUGAUGAUGGGAGAAUUGCUUCGUUCACUGCGGAUUGCAAAAGCUACAUCGAACAAAGGCGCUACAAUGAAGUCUUGGUCACUGAUGAGGAAUGUAACUUUCCAAUCGCAUACUCUUUGGUGGUGCACAAGAACAGCGCAAUGGUGGAAAGGAUACUUCGAGCCAUCUAUGCACCUCAGAAUAUUUACUGCAUUCAUUAUGACCAAAAAUCCACAAAGGAUUUUAUUGCAGCGAUGAAGAACUUGGAGAGUUGUUUUCCAAAUGUCUUCAUCGCCUCUAAAAUCGAAUCCGUCCAGUAUGCGCACAUUACCAGACUUAAAGCAGAUCUCAAUUGCCUUUCAGACUUACUGAGUUCAGAGGUCAAAUGGAAAUAUGUCAUCAAUCUGUGUGGUCAAGACUUUCCACUGAAGUCUAAUUAUGAGCUGGUGACUGAGCUCCGGAAACUAAACGGCGCAAACAUGCUCGAAACAAGCAGGCCCAGCAAAGUAAAAAAGCAACGCUUUCAGUUUAGAUACCAGUUGAAAGAUGUAUCGUAUGAAUACCAGAAGAUGCCUGUUAAAACCUCCAUUGCUAAAGACCCACCGCCACAUAACAUUGAGAUGUUUGUUGGAAGUGCUUACUUUGUCUUGUCACGGGAUUUUGUGACAUAUGUUAUGAAUAAUCAACUGGCGAAGGAUUUUCUUCAGUGGUCAGUCGACACAUAUUCUCCCGAUGAGCACUUUUGGGCAUCAAUGGCAAGAGUUCCCGGAGUUCCUGGGGAGUUAGCAAGAUCUGAACCUGAUGUGUCAGACCUGAAGAGCAGGACACGCUUGGUUAAAUGGAACUAUCUCGAAGAGCGAUUGUAUCCAAAGUGCACUGGUACACACAGACGUAGUGUCUGCAUCUAUGGUGCAGCGGAGCUCCGGUGGCUUCUGGAGGACGGCCAUUGGUUUGCAAACAAGUUUGAUCCCAAAGUUGACCCUGUCAUUAUUAAAUGUCUUGAGGAGAAACUUGAGGAGAAGCAACUUCAACAAUGCUUGAGGAGAGUGUCUUAAAAGAGGCUUUCUUUGAUUGAAAUAUGCAUCUUUGCUGCUUUAAUCUCUGUUCAAAACACCAGCAAGGUGAAAGGUUUAGCUGUAUCUUAAAGUUAUUCCAUUCAUGUUCAUAUUGCCGUCUGCUACAUAUUCUAGGUCUUUAUGCUAAUGAGUUUGGAAGUGCCUAACAGCUUCAGCUUUAAUACUUCACACAAAUGAUGAAUGUGUGUGGGAAAUAUUUAUACAUUUUAAUUAAGUAUUUAUUUUAAUUUAUUUAACCAACAAUGUCUUGCAUGAAGAAUCUAUUGUUUACUGAAUCAGUGGUGACAGUUUUACAACUUGAUUGUAUUUUUCUUUUGUCAUUGGUUUUCAAAAUAAACAAUGCAGCUAAAA